CCUUGGAGGGAAUGGGUGGGCAGUUAAUUUAAGUCCUUCAAGUGGUGUUAGCUUGACGAAGAAAGGUGCGCAGGUUAAGCGAAUCUGCUCGGUUUGUAAGGGGCGUAGGUUAAGCCAUUACGGAGGUGCACGAAGACUCGAGAGUUGGGAUUGGGACACCCCCAACGCUUUCUUCAGAUUAGAAAGAGAAGCUCAGUGAAUGACUCUCCUCCUCCUUGAUGAUCCAUGUCCAGAAUGAAGCAUCUAUUGCGAAAGCUUCAUAUAGGUGGUGGGAUCAAUGAACCUCACCGGUUGCCUGAUACCCGCCCGGUAAUCAAUGCCAGUCCUGUCCCUAAUCUCUCAUCGUCUUCGUCGACGUUGGUGUCGAAUACAGUGGGCACAGUCCGGCCAAAUGAAUCGGUUGCUGAUCGGACAGAUAUUGAUGGUACCGGCGAUUUAUGUGGUGACAAGGGAGCCGAUUUUAAUCUAUUGGAGGAGGAGUUUCAAUUGCAGUUGGCUUUAGCUAUUAGCGCUUCCGAUACUGAUGUCCGCAAGGACCCUGAGUCUGCUCAGAUCGACGCCGCGAAGCAGAUGAGCCUCGGCUGCGCAGCUUCCGUCACCGACACGGAAGCCCUCGUUCAGUUUCAAUCGCUUCGUUAUUGGAACUAUAAUGUCAUUGAUCAUGAGGAGAAAGUGAUGGAUGGAUUUUAUGAUUUAUAUGGAUUCUCCUCAAAUUUGGCUGAACGAGGAAAGAUGCCAUUGUUGGUGGAUCUGCAAACUGCUUCCCUCUCUGAAAAUGUUGGUUGCGAAGUGAUUUUGGUGAAUCGUAUGGUUGAUAUUAAGCUGAAACAGCUUGAGAAAAAAGCCUUUGCUGUAUCCAAGGACUGUUGCUUAUCUGAACAAGGACUGGUUUCAAGUGGCUUGCUUCAGAAACUUGCUGAUAUUGUUGUUAAUAGAAUGGGUGGACCAGUUGGCGACCCUGAUGAGAUGUUGAAAAAGUGGUCGGCAAGAAGUCACGAGUUACGUGAUUCUUUGAGGACAAUUGUUAUUCCGCUUGGCUGUCUUGAUGUUGGACUUUCUCGCCAUCGAGCCCUAUUGUUUAAGGUAAUGGCUGAUAGGAUUAAUGUUCCCUGCAUGCUGGUCAAAGGGAGCUACUACACUGGAACUGAUGAUGGAGCUGUGAAUUUGAUUAGAUCUGAUGAUGGAAGUGAAUAUAUUAUUGAUUUGAUGGGUGCGCCUGGCACUCUUAUUCCUGCCGAAGUACCCAGUAAUCAGCUCCAAAACUACAGUUUUGCUGUAACAGGUUGUGCUGAGAUUGCAGAAUUACCUAUCAAUGCCCAUCUCAUACUUGAUGGUGGAACUGGAAUGCUGGCAGUGCCAUCUGAUAUUGAUAGAACUUCAACAGUGGACAGGGCUCAAUCAGAACAGUUAUUGAACGUGGACAGUCAAGGAACAAUGGGUGCGAGGAACCAAGGUGGAAUAAAUCAAACAGAAAGAGUUGAACAUGAUUUGGGGAAUCUCCUUCAGUCCAUGCAUAUAUCAUGUGAAAGCACAUCACAUACAGAAGCAUCAUCUGCAGAUAAGAUGCAAGUAAAAAAUUUGUCGGAGUAUUUCCUUAGUGCAGCAAAGAACCCAGAAUUUGCUCAAAAACUACGAGCUGUCCCAUUAGAGAGUGGUGCAUUUCCCUCUCCUGGUCUCUUUUCAGAUAUCAAUAAAAAAAAUACAGGUGAAAAUAUAUUUUAUGAACAAAUUCAUCAACUUGAUGGAAAAAUUGUUGUUGAUGCUGUUCAAUUUGAUUCAAGCUUUGAAAAGGCCCUCAUAUCUUCUCAAGGGGUGACCUCUCACAGUGAUGUUAGAUUCUAUCAAUCUGCUAGUUGGUUAGCUAAGCAGCAAGAACUGGAGCAAAGUGAUGUCAUGUUUGCAGAUAAAGUUCCUGCCAAUCUGCUAAAGAUGCACAAAGAACAAGUUCUUGAUUCUUCCUUGACCAAGGCAGCUGUUUCUUGCAAGAGGCAAAUUGAGGUUGACUAUGAUGAUGCAAAUGGUAUUGAUAAUAAAGUUGGAGUGGUUUUUAAUUGCAAUCAAUAUGGGAAUGAUUCUGCUAUUCAAUUUAAAGAAGCAGAUAAUAGAGAUAGCAACCUCACUGAUGGUAAAAGUGAGAAAGUUAAGUCAGUACUGGGCGAGGGUGCAGAAUGGGAAAUUCUAUGGGAGGAUCUUCAUAUUGGUGAGCGUAUUGGUAUAGGUUCUUAUGGUGAGGUUUACCAUGCUGACUGGAAAGGCACUGAGGUUGCUGUGAAGAAGUUUCUGAACCAAGACUUUUCUGGUGAUGUGUUGGCGCAGUUCAGAUCUGAAGUUGAGAUCAUGUUGAGGCUGCGGCAUCCGAAUGUUGUUCUUUUCAUGGGAGCUAUUACUCGGCCACCACAUUUUUCUAUAUUGACAGAGUUUCUUCCAAGAGGGAGUUUAUAUAGGCUAUUGCAUCGACCCAAUUUUGAACUUGAUGAGAAGAGGAGGUUGCGAAUGGCUCUUGAUGUGGCUAAGGGUAUGAAUUAUUUGCACACAAGCCAUCCUCCCAUUGUUCAUCGGGAUUUGAAGUCUCCAAAUCUUCUUGUUGACAAGCAUUGGGUUGUUAAGGUUUGUGAUUUUGGUUUGUCACGUAUGAAGCACCAUACCUUUCUGUCCUCAAAAUCCUCUGCUGGAACGCCUGAGUGGAUGGCACCAGAAGUGUUAAGAAAUGAACCAGCCAAUGAGAAGUGUGAUGUGUAUAGUUUUGGUGUGAUUUUGUGGGAAUUGGCUACUGCAAGGAUCCCAUGGAAAGGGUUGAACCCAAUGCAGGUUGUUGGCGCCGUUGGAUUCCAAAAUAGACGGCUUGAAAUUCCUGAAGACGUUGAUCCAGUAGUAGCACAAAUAAUACGCGACUGCUGGCAAAUGGAGCCACACUUGCGGCCAUCAUUCUCACAGCUUAUGUCUCGUCUCCGCCAUCUUCAACAUCUGGUUGUGAAAGAUAGGAGCUCAACCCAAUAAAGUUGUGCAUAGUUAUCGUAAUAAUACGUGAAGUUGUUCUUGGGUUCGAAGAGCCAAAACAGCUGAAGUUUUUUACUGCUUUGACGUAUAGAGAUUGCUGAACAGGGAAGUUUCGGUUCAUUCAAAGUGGGGGCUGGAACACAACCCGUUCGGAACAGAAUAGAGACCUUCCUGAGCGAAAUCGGCCGGGGAGGCUCUAUCAAGUGUAAUAUGAGGUAGUACAAGUAGCUACAACUGAAGGAUUCCCGUGGAAAGGAGGGGAACGAAAGAAAACAGAAAGAAAGGGAAAAAAGGGGUGGGGGGGAAGAAGAAGAAAUAAAGUGUAAUUUAUUUGGUCUUGGUCUGUAGAGGUCCUGUUUGGAAUUGUAAACAUACGAUCUCUGCGGGUUCUUGUGGAAAUGUAACACGAGAAAGAAGAGUAAUUUCUUUAAAAAAAAAAGAAAGGGAAUUUGUAUAUU